AUGGUGAAUGCCGACGACUCUAAGGUCGCCCAGCUUAAGAAGCUAAAGAACGAAGUUAUCGGGCACCAGCAGAAGAAGGAGGAAUGCUUGACAUCGGGCAUUGUGCCGGAGUUGAUUGCGCUGCUGGGGUCGCAGGAUGAACCGUCGGAGGUUAAGAUACAGGCGGCCAUUAUUAUCGGCUCAAUUGCGCAUGGCGAGAGAUAUCUACCCGCACCUAUUGCUCUCGCUAACCCACUGUCAGCGCCUACAUCGCCUCCAGACCUCCAAAUCGCAUGUCUUCGGGUACUUACGACACUCAUGGAUACUCCCGCCGCUCCUCGAGCAUCUCUCUUUACUCCCUCCAUGCUCAGCAUCCUCACAAAAUUCCUCCACAUCACGAGACCGUUGAGGCCCUACACCGUCCAACAAGCCGAACUAUCCAUGAACCUGGUCCACAAGUGUUGCCAAACAGAAGACCAGAAGUACGCGUUGGCAGACGCGGGUGUCAUUGAUGCUUUGAUCGCCGUGAUCGAGCAGGAGGCAUUCACGGGUGGGAGCGUAGGUCAAAAACGGGACAGCAGCGGUGUUCUGAUCCAUAGCAAACUCGUGGAGACGGCGUUGACGGCACUGGGUACGAUUAUCCGGGGUUCACCGCGGUUGUCGGUCAUGCUCGGGUUGGGUCAUGAUGUUGUGCCUAUCUUGCUCAGUCUGGUGCGUGGACCACGGCCGAUGACGCGACUGAGUGCUGCUUCUGUGCUAUCGUAUAUGUAUCGAGCAGGAUCUAUACCUAAGAAGCAUACUGGGCAGAUUGCUCUGGUCGUUGUGCCUAUCUUGGUGAGGUUAUUUGAUGACGAAGACUUGUCCGUCGCGGAGACUGCUCCGCUUGUAUUAGCACAUCUUGUUACUGACGGCGUCGACGUUCAAACAGCUGCCGUUCAAGCGGAUGCUAUCAAAAAGCUUUCCACGAUGGUGACCAGAAUAUCGUCAGAUUCUACGCCCGCGACGGACAAAGAGAAGGCCACCGAAUCAAUACUGCUCGCCGUCGCUGCCCUUACGUUAUUCAAAGACGAUUACAGGAAGGAGGUAUCGGACAAGGGUUUCAUGCCCUUCAUCAUUACGUCUCUAUCGAAUCCGAAUGCUUCCGUACGAGCAGCAGCAUGUCAGUGCGUGCGGAGUAUGUCGCGCAGUGUCUGCAUUCUCCGCACAACGUUGACUGAUGUGGCUCUUGUGCCGCCAAUGAUGAAGUGUCUUGAGGAUGAGUCUGUGGAGGUCAGAGUGGCAGCAAGUGCUGCGUUGUGCAACCUGGUUCUGGAGUUUUCUCCCAUGCGAAAGACGAUUAUGGAACACGAGAUUCUCAGAAUACUACGGGCACAGGUCCACGACAACGAACCUGCAUUGCGGUUGAAUGCGAUCUGGACAUUGAAGCAUCUCUUCUACAAACAAAAGACAUCUGUCAAGCAAAGUGUUCUACAGAACCUAGGGUUGGAAAUUUUCAUGGAGCGUAUCAACGACGACGAUAUAGCAAUUCAAGAGCAGGCGCUCGACUGCUUUCAAAAUUUAACGGCCGACGGUGCUGAGAAUCUGGAUCUCUUGUUCUCAGUACUAUCGCCUAAAUCCUUGCUCGGUUUGAUCCUUGAAAAGCUACAGCCGGGAGCGCCUCAUCAACUCGUCGAGCCAGCUAUAUUCAUUCUGGUACACAUCGCCGUAGGGAACGACAGUCACCGGAACCUCAUCCUGGAAGACGAACGGAUACUUGAAGCGCUUCGGCAGCGGCUUGAUGACAAUGACUGCGCUGUACGACUUGGAUGUGUUUGGACAAUCAUCAACCUCACGAGUCUCGGUGAACGGACCGUGGAGCAGACCAUGAGCGCCAGACAUGCAGUGCAGUGUCUAAGAGAUAUUGGCAUUGUGGCAAAGAUUUACAACAUGACCGAGGAUGAUACACAAGAUGUAAGGGAGCGUGUGAAGACGGCUAUCUUUCAGAUUCAGACUUGUCUGCGGGAGUAGAAGUGUACGUUACGCGUGUUAAAGCAACUGGUAGCAGGAGGUGGAGGUACUUAGUCGAACAAUUGCGAUGAUAUUUUCCG